CUCAAGACCUGUGAAGCAAAAGUGACGUCUCAUAUGGCCUCCGCUCGUCCACGGGUUGUCGGCGUGACGUGACGAAUUACCGCACUCUGAGAAACUCCAUGAAUCACCACAGAGGACUUGCUAGCAUGUACCCCUCGUCAUUGGUCAGCAACCAGACAUGCUCCUUCACACUAUAAACCACAUGCAUCCCAUCCUUCACUCCACAUCUACACUUCAUCGUAACGUCCCCGUCCUCCUUCCCAUCCCCUCUCCUUACCCUCGCAGCAAACACAACCUCCUGCAUUCUACUGCUCACUAUCGACCUAGUCCAGCCUCUGCCAAUGCUUUGCAAUUCAUCUAAUACUCGUGGCAACGACGCACCCACGUUACUG